GAGGGACGACGAGGAGGAUGACGAAGAAACGGGGUGUAGUAGGGAGAGGGGGGAGGUUGUCGAAGGGAGGGUGUCUCCCGCCACUGUACGCUCGCUUAUGUCUCCCUACCACUCGGUCGCUCGGUCACGCGGUUGCGCGCGCACGCGUUCGCGCGUACGAAGGGUGGGGAUAGAGGGAAACGUGCGGCCGACGAAGUUACUGCUGCGAAACGAAAGCACAGAAUCAUUACACCGCCAGACCUCGAGGAGAGUAGACGCGUUUGAAGUUACUCAGGCUCAGUCGAGAUCUCGUGCUUCCUCCAUCAACCCCAAUAGUGGACGACGAUCGUACGGAUACGAUAUUUCGUGUUUUUCGAAACCGUUCUUUUUUUUCUAUCGUAGUUCUCAUCGUAGUUCUCUACUGUAGAGUACGUACAUAUAUAUAUAUAUACAAAUAUAUAUACAUAUAAACAAAUUUAUGAUUCAUAGUAAAGUACGAUACGACGGUACUUGUGCGCAGUUGUUUGUUCGUUGAAGAAAAAACGCGUGUGAAUUUUGCGAAGACGUGGAAAGGGUCUUGAUUUAGAGAAAAGUAAAAAGACGAACUAAAAGAGAAAGAACGAGAGACGGGGAGAGAGAGAGAGAGAGAGAGAGAGAGUGGUAGAGAGAGAGGUAGAGAGAGGUAGGAGAGGAAGGACGAGCAAAGUUUUUGUCUUCUUCGAUCAACGACACCAACGAAGAGAGAUAGAGAGAGAGAAAGAGAAAGGAAGAGACGGUUACUAGCUAACUAUCUUGUUGAUUUGUGCGCGUGUUGGUGCAAUAGUAGAUCGAUCCUACGUCCCUUGGAGUGACGUCGCAAAAAGAGACGCUCAUUUAAAAAACGAUAACUGAGAGUUUGAUCGUCGAGCCUUCUCCGUCACGGGUAUCGCGAGUUUUUCACUUCUUGUGUAUCGUGCAACAACGAAUAAUCGUUGGUUCCCGUUGUUCCUCUUGUCUCGUUCGUCUUAUACUCGUUACUAUCGCUGUAAAAAAAAAAAAAAACAGUAUACAACUCGAAGAAAACACAAGGAAGUCGUGUGUACGUUUUACGGUUACGCGCUAACGCGCGUGCCGUACGUAUAAGAUAGAUAGAUAAAGAGGAAGAGAGAAUUAAUUGGCAAAAAUUUUUAUCGCACCGUGAUUUAGAGACAUUCAAGCUCAUAAAUUUGUGCGUGAGAAAUAUUCAAGAAGAAAAGUACGAUAUACAUAUAUAUUUAUAUAUAUAUAUAUAGAGAGAGAGACCCUUUCUUCUAUCUCACCGUGUUAAAUCCCAGCACCUAUGGAAAGUGAUCCAUUCGAGGAUCCACCUUACGGACGUUUCAGACGUCGAAUUUGAGUGAGACGGACGAAAAGAGUGAGAGAGGACAGACAGAAAGGGAAAGAAGUUGACGAGAGACGGACGCAUUUUGGCUCGGAUAUCGUUAAUUAUCCUCCUUAUCGUUUUACUGUUUGUUUGCUUCGUGUCAGCGCGAAUUUGAGACGUAUUAUAAUAUUGACGAGGGGAGAGAGAGAGAGAGAAAGAAAAGCAGAGGGAAAGAUAGUCAGAUAUUGGGAAGGGGUAGAGGAGUUGUAGAGGAAAAUUAAAUUACAAAUAAUUAACAAGAAAAAAUUCAAAACAGAAAAAAAAGAUGGCGAUACCAUUCAUGCAGCCGACCGAAGAGGACCAAGAACUAUCGAAUCAGCAACUGCAGAUCAUGAUGGCCCUCUACAUGGCACUUCAACAGGUCUUGCGGAGCAGAUCAUUUCGCCACUCAUCAAGAAAUCAUCCUCGUCGUCAAGGAAACACAGUAGGUUCGCGAGAACAUGGAUUGGUUCUGUUGGAUCAAGAUAUCGCUGGAUUACCGUUACCAGAUUUAGUAUCAUCGGCGAUGCAACAAUUGCCACCUCCAUCGCCGCAAGUUACGGUUUCCGCACCUACCAGCCCGACGAGGGAUGCCACGUUUCAAUUUCCAGAAUGUAGUGGUACCAAUAACGUAGCCGCCGCUGCGGCCGCCGCAGCCGCUGCUUCCUAUGCAAAUGUUGCCAGAAACGACAAUUAUGAGAAUGAGGAUGAGGAGGGGGCACCCGUGCCAACUCCAAGGCCACGGCCACGAAGACGCAGACCAAUAAAUGUUCGUGUCCCUUUGAAAAAGACCUCGCUCACUCUUGAGCCAGCUUGCAAUGGUGACAGCACUUGUUGCGAACAUCCUGGUCACGCUUUACGUAAUGGACAAUGGUGGAUUAGCAUUGGGGCCAACCUAAGAAACAUCGCCGAUGAUUUCCAGGCGUCCAAGACAAAGAUUUUGCCAUUGCGUGUUACAGAACGCCGAACUGGAGAACUCACGACUGUCGUUGGUGACUUCCGGUUUCCCGAGCAACACAAACGGCAACAGCCUAUCCACCGACGAUAUUUUGCGUUCCAUGAUCCCAGCGUCUAUAAGAGAGACGACGUUAUGGGUGACAGUGGCUCUCUACCUCGGUUGGAGGCUUGUCUCUCGUCUACGAUAAAUCCAUGAGCUUUCGCCUCGCCGCAUCAUCCCGAGCAUCAUCGCAUUGAGAAGAGAGGACCAUCGUUUAGGAAGAGAAGAAAAAGAUGAGAGGAGGAGGAGAAGGAGGAGGAGGAGGAGGAGGAGGAGGAGGAGGAGGAGGAGGUGGUGGAGGAGGUGGAGGAUGUGGAAGGGAAAGAAGGAGGAGGAAUACUUUGAAGUUCUCCGAGGUAGAGUAAGACGAGAGGAGAAUUUAACGAGGGAGAACGACGAUGCCUUAAUUCUCUCGAUCGUCUUUCAAAUGUGAUCUAUAGAUCUUCUCCUCCGAACUCUGUUCACUCGUUGCUUUUCCUGAUAAUUUUCUUUUUCUUUUUUGUUUUUUUCUGUUUUUUCUUUUCGAGAGAGAGAAAGAGAGAGAAAGAGAAAAAAGAGAGAGAGAGAGAGAGAUGGAACGAUUGAUCGAUCGCCUAAUCGAUCGCCUAAUCGAUCUCUUGGUGUGCCGAACAAAUAGGAAAGUUUCGAGUACGCGGAGAUAUUUUUCUUGCUCCAAAACGACGGUACUACAAUUCUAUCAUUAUUGCUAAUAUAACUAGUAUUAUAUAUCAUUAUCGUUUCACAAUAUCCGACUUGCUGUCCUUCCUCCGAUAGAUUCGCCGACCUAUUUAGAACGAGCAUGGUGUUUUCUUGAGAUCUCGAUGGGACAUGCGUUAUGUGUCUUCCUCUUUUUUACAUUCAAAUUGGACCGCUCCGUCCGUUUCGAAGAUGAUUAAAAAAAAAAUAAAAAUAAAAAUAAAAAAAAAACAAAAAAAGAAGAAAGAAAGAGAAGAAAAAAGAAAAAAGAAAAAUAAAAAAAUAAAAAAUAAAAUGAAAAGGAAAAAAAAAGAAAGAGUGAGAGAGAGAGAGAGAGAGAGAGAGAGAGAGAGAGAGAAGAAAAAAGGAAGACAAAAUUGCCGAGCAGAAGGUCAUCUUUUGAUACGACGACGAAUAUUUUCAGAUUAUUUUCGGCUUGCAAUCAAUGAUCCAGUCAAUCUCAUCGAGAGACGAUCGUUUUCUUAUUUAAAAUAAAAGAAAAACACUAUGGCCGUUCCGGUUGAAUACAAAGAGGUAGGAAGCAUCGAAGAGCAUAGUAUUUUGCGAUACGAUCGCUCGCCCUCGCACCUUCGAAGGUGUAGAAAACAAGGAUAGAAAGAAAGCGAUAGAAAGAUAGAUAGAGAUAGUGAUAGAGAAAGACAUAGAGAGAUAGAGAUAGAGGUAUGGGGGAUGUGAUUUGAGGGAGGGCUUCGGAUAAAGAUAAAAGACAGAUAAUAGAGAUAGCGACAGAGAGAGAAAGAAAGAGAGAAAGGGAGCUUGUGUUCUCUUCUCCGUUACGAAAGGAUCGCGAAGGGCGAGAAGAAGGAAAGGAGGCAAGGGUGACGGGGAAGCUUAAAAGGACGAGAUCCAAAGAGGACAAACCGAAUAAUCAAAUGAUGAUCUCAUUACGAAUAAAAUAAAGAGAAGAGUUAAAAUAGGAGUAGUGUGAUUAUCGUGGCGAGGGGGAGAGGAACUUGAUCUUUCUUUUUUCUUUUCUUUUCUUUUUACUUUUCUUUUUCUGUCCUUUUUUCUCUCCUUUCGUUCUUUCUUUUUUUUAUGUCUUUUACUUGUUCGUAUUCUUCGUACGUACUCUUUUUCUUUUUCUUUUUUUUUCUUCUUCUUUUUCUUCUUCUUUAAUUUCUCUAUCUCCCUCUCAGUCUCGUUAAACAUUGAGCGAGCAGCAUUCGACGUGGCUUGUAGAUAACGCGUUGUGUUACCCGGCCGACGAGAUCGAGAUCUUCAAAGUUCUUGAAUCCGUGCCGUUCCGCGAUAACACGUCGUUUCUUUUCUCCUACUUUCUUUCUUCCUUUCAUUCUUCUUUCCUCCUCUUUUCUUUCUUUUUCUUCUUCUUCUUUUUUUUUUUAAACUUUUACCAUUAUCAUCAUCAUCUAAUUUUUCCUUUAGAUCUUCGAUAGCGAAACCUUAAUCGAUCGUGCGAAACGUGUCUCGAAGGAUUUCCAAGCGUUAUUAAAAUUCUUAAUAAUUUUCUUUUUAGUUUAAUUAAGUUUUUUUUUUCUUUUGUGAUUAUCCCAUAUUGAUAUAUAGGGAUCGCGGAACGGCGCUGUGGGAUGGCUUUGACAAAGUUUCUGUACAUAGGAAAGAUUUAUCGGGGGAGUUUGCGGAGAGUGAUAAUUUUUCAAAAGAAAAGGAAAGGAAGGAAGAGAGAGAGAGAGAGAGAGAGGGUGAGAGAGUGAAAGAUAGAGAGAAAGAGAGAGAGAGAGAAUGAGAGAGUAAGAGAUGAGAGUGUGGGGGAAAAGAUUUUUAAAUGAAUACACGGACGGGGGUGUAAAGCGUAAUAUUUGUGAGAAAGAAUGCGUAUAUAUAUAUAUAUAUAGAGAAUUAAAACUAAAGUAAUAAAAAGCAGUAAUAAGUUGACGUUAAAUAAUUAAAGUAGAUAAUCGAUAGGUCGAGAAUCGCAGCAUCUUAAUUGGCUGGCUGCGAGUCCCGUUGGACAGUUUUCAAAUGAUCUCCUGUAGUUUAGCUCUUAACGAAGGCGUUCUUGUUCCGCACGAGACGCCUUUUGUGGCACGCGUGCCUUGUGCCCUCCUAAUUUUGUUUUUUUCCCCCCUUUCUUUUUUCUUUUUUUUUCUUUUUUAUCUCGUUUAACUACCCCCAUUCCGAUCCUCCUUCACAUUUGUCUUUUUUCAUUUUUUGGAUUCUCAAUCCAAAAUGACUUUUUAUUUUUUCUUUUUUUAUAUUAUUCUAUUCAAUUUCGUUCGAUAUCUUCAUCAUUCUUCAGUUUCAUUCAUUUCUUUUUGUUCGUUGAUUUUCGUGCUUUUAUUUGACAAUACAUUUUUUCUUCUGUUUCUUUUUUUUUUUGUAAUUUUUAUCUUUUUUUCUGCGGACUCUUUCGAAUCCAUUUUUCAUUAAUAUUUCAUUUGAUUCGUCCGACUUCUUCACACUUUUACUCUGUUAGUUUUCGUUCAUUUUUCUUUUUCUUUUUUAAUUUUUUCCUUUGUCUUAUCUUUCUCGACGAUUAUCGAUCUGCAAUUUCGAAUGUAUAAUUUUGAAAUUUUUGCGAAUAUUGACAAUGAUCUCUCAAAUGACGAUCUCAAAAGUUUCAGGGUUGCGGAAGGUUUUACGGGAAGUUGACAAAAUCUCUUUAAAAAAAAAAAAAAUAAAUAAAAAAAUAAAAAAAAAUUAAAUGAAAAAGGACAAAGAAAGCGAUCUUGAUCGUCUCACGAAUAUCUCGUGUGAGAUUAAAAAAAUAUCCUGAGAGAGGUUACGAGAAAAAUCUUUGUAAUACCAUUAAACUACGACCGAUUUUAAACGGUUCGUAUUGUGAAUCGCUUUCUUUCUCUUUUUCUUUCUCGAAACAGCCUACUUGUGUUCUUUUUGCUUUUUCUUUUACUUUCUUUUUUCUUUGUUUCCUCAAUUAUAUUUUUCCCUCGUUUAAGUAAGAUGUUGGCGUUAUUCCGUCAAAAGUAUUCCAAUACAUAGCAAAUAUAGUAUUUAUUUAUAGGUGAUACACAGACACGUACAGACAUACAAAAAUACGCAAACAUACAUACAUAAAUAUACAUAUUCAAACUCACACCCACAGAUACACUUUUUUCUACUUUCUUAGCACCACGUCGAAGUUAUAGGCGACGAGAUAAAUAAGAAAAUAAACUGCCAAUCGGUGAUUAAAACUGCGAUAAGAUAUCUAUAAGCGAAUUAAUAAUUGUAUUAUCCUUGGCAGACGCCUCUCGCUUUUUUACGAGGGUGAUCUUGCGGAAAGUCAAUAGCCAAUACGUCGUGGUUGGCAUUUAUAGCCAUCGUUCGGGUGCGGAGAAUAAGUCGCUCAAGGGAAAAGAAAGUAGAUUGAUAUCGUUCCAAAAAAUAGUUUAAGGAAAAAGAGGAGAGAGAGAGAGAGAGAGAGUGUGUGAGAGAGAGAGAGAGAAAGAGAACGAGAGAAAGAGAGAGAGAGAUAUCGAUUUUUUGCUUGUAAGGAAUGUGUGUGUUAACUAAGAAUAUAAGGAAUAUAAAAUAAAAAAAAAAAAUGUGUGAAUUAUUAAUCGUUUUAUAACAAAGGAUCGGAUUUUUAACCGAUCAGACAGGUUAUAUGUGUCUUGGUGUUUUUUCUAAUCGUAUAAUAAUAUUAACGCAUCUAUCGUGUUUUCGCGAACACUUUUUCAAACCUGAGAAGUUCAAAUUGCUUUCGCGGACACAGAGAAACACAUUUCGAAUCCAGAAAAGAAUCAUCUCUUUAUAUCGUAUCGUUUUUAUUCGAAACGAUUCGACACUUAUAUCUUAUAUGUGCAUAUACAUAUACAUAUAUACAUUGAGAUACAUACAUUUGAGAUCUUCUUUUCCCUCUUUUUCGAUAAAGAAUAAGAAGUAUCAUAACAAAGAAAAAACAUUUUUGUAACACGACUUAACUGACGAUUAAUUCGAGAAAGAGAAAAAUAAAAAAAAAGAAAAGAAAAGAAAAGAAAAAUCCGAGAAAUAUAUUCGGUAAGUGUUUUCUGGAUUCUGCGACUUCUGUGUUCACGACUUCUCUUGGAAUAGGAUUUCUGCCUCUUCUUCUAUCGAGCGUCCUCUUCGUCUUCUUGUCUCCCGAGGAGAAAGAGUAUGACGUAAAUUGGACGCAAGGCCAUCAUCUCAGAUCGUGAUAAUUAGUAGUGAUCGCCAUUGCAUCGCGAAGAUGUAUCACUCGUUCGAUGGGUGAUACUCUUCCGUGAAAAGGUGUAGUAUUCUGACCAAAGGGAAAAUCCUCCCACUUCUCUCCUUUUUUCUUUCUUUUUAACUAUCUUUUUUUUUUUUAAUUUUUUAAUUUUUUCCUCUCAACACCGCUAAGAAAACCUUCUUCUGUUUUUCCUUUUCUCCUUUUUGUGUUUCUUAGCAAUUUUUAUCUCGCCCCGUCGAUCCACUUAUUCACUAUUUACCAUCCCAAUUGCCCCUAACUCCUUUAACCACUUCCGCCAACCCUUUUCGAACCUCAGAAAAAAUUAUUUAAUUAACCGAGUUCUUCGAUAAAAAAUAGAAUUAAGGAUAAAGGGAUAAAGACGGUGUGAUUGCGCGUGGACGAAUUUUUCUUUUCCUCCCCUUUCCUUCUUGAAUAUUUUUUUAUUUUUUACUUGAUAUUUUUUUCUUUAUAUAUAUAUAUAUAUCUCUUUUAUUUCGUACUCUGAUUCUCCCUCCGACGAGUAGUCAACUAAGAUUUUUGAUAAAAUAAAAAAAGAGAAAAUAUGACUAGCUUUUGUGUAUGUGUACAUAGACGCUUGUAUGUCUCUCGAGGAAUAGUUUGAGAAAAGAUACGACGAUCGACGAUCUACGAUCUCUGAUUUUUAUCUUCUUCUUAUAUAUUUUCUUUUUCUUUUUCAUAUUUUUUUACUUUGAUUUUCUCUCCAUAAAUAUUUUCUCUUCUUUCGUUCGGUUAAUUAUCAGCUAGGAAACAAUAAAUAACCAGUAGAAGCAUUUUAUAGCUUUAGUCCGCCAUACUCGAGAGUGUAAUAAUUAUAAUAACGAGUAAAUACUGAUAAAAUGAUAUAUAUAUAAAUAUAUAUAUAUAUAUAAAAAGUAUGUAUAUGUAUGUAACUGAAAACCGCGUAUAUAUGUGUAUACGGAUCCAAAUAUAUAUAUGUAUAGAUAUAUGGACAUACACAUAUAUAUAUUUUUAAAUGAUAAGUAUAUGUAUAUAUAUAUAUGUAUAUCAUUUGAUAUAUAUAUAUAUACAUAUAUGUGUAUACAUAUAUGAAAAUUUUUCGACGAUAUCGAAAGGUCAUCUUUUCGAUGGAGAAGACGUUCCGUCGCGAUAAAAUAAUCGCACAGAUUUUUCGAAGGAUGGUAAAAGAGAACUUUUUGAGAAAGUAUAAGUAAGGGCCAGAGGAAAGUGGCCUUCUUUUUUAAGGCUCAAUGAAUUUUUUUAAGACCGAUGAUAUAGAAAGAAAGAGAGAGGAAGAUAGAGAAAGAGGAAGAUAGAAAAAGAAAGAAAGAGAGAGAGAGAGAGAGAGAGAGAGAGAGAGAGAGAGAGAAUGAGUAGGAGAUAUAAAAAUAGGAUAUAAAAGCUGUAACUGUGACUAUGCGGAUCGUGGGGGGCAGGCUGUUGAAAAAAUUAAUUUUUUUCAUCUUUAGCCCCGUUCAAAAUUAGUUAUCGUUUUCCUAUCGUUAAUUUUCUUUUUUAUUUUUUUUCUUUGUUCUUUACUUUUAUUAUAACAAAGUUAGUCGUGUCAGAUUUUUGAUGAACAUUAUUUCGAGUAUGUGUGUCUAUGUGUGUAUAUAUAUAUAUACACAUAUAUAUCGGACACGUUUUAAUUUAAUUUUAUUUUAUUUUUUUUUUUAUAGACGAUUAGUAAUAGUAAUAAUAGUAGUAAUAGUAGUAGUAGUAGUAGGAAUAGUAGUAGUAAUAGUGGACGAAGCAAAGGCAGCCCGCCCACCCGAGAUCCCCGCGCGUCAAAGCGUCACUGUGAUCUCUUUAAUAUUAAUUAAAAGAAAAUAUCUGAUUAUUAUUAUUAUGAAUAAUCGUGUGAAUAUGUACUGUAUUCUUCUCUUAUGAGAAAAAUCUAGAGAAGAAUACAAUAACCCUGAAAAUACGCUCGAUAAUAACUACUAAGACUCUUAUCGUUGCGUCCCUCUGUUCUUUUUUUAUCUCGUCUCGUUUUGUUUCCCCCCAGUCCGCCCCCUCCUCCCGUUUGUUUGUUUUUUUUUCUUUAUUUUUCUUUAUUUUCUUUUUAUUAUUAUUAUUAUUAUUAUUAUUAUUAUUAUUAUUAUUAUUAUUAUUAUUAUUAUUAUUUCUAUUAUUUCUAUUAAGUUCAUUCGUAAAACAUUAGUUCGUAAAAGCGUAAUGUUAUAACGUUAUUAUUAUUAUAAAUGAAGUAUCUUUCAAAUGAUCUCCCAGAGGCGUCGAGAUCGAUGAGGCGAACUUACCAAUCCAAUGCCAUUUAUUUCCGUAGCGCGAGAAAAGAGUGGAAGGAAAAGAAAAAAAAAAGAAGAAAAGGAACCGAAAAAUUUGAUAGUGACAAAGCGAACAAAAAAGAAGAAGAUAAAUGAAUAAGUAAUAAAAAAAAGAUAGAAAAUCAAUAAAAAAUCAUUCGAUCGAAGAUACCUAAGAUGAUUUUAGGAACUUUUAUUUCUAUUAUCAUAAAAAUGAGACGCGUUUCGUCGAGAUAAACGGCAUUGGCGUCCAUCGAUCGCGCCUCGGCUUAUAAUUAACGAAAAAAAGAACAAGAGUUAGAGAGAGAAAGAGAGAGAGAGAGAGAGAGAGAGAGAGAGAGAGAGAAAUAAAUAAAUGUUCGACGCGAACAUAUGGCGUUGUUAUAAAUUGCGAUCUAAACUGGAUAGCUAGGUUUACAACAACGAAAAGAACAUUCAUUAUCCGCUGCGUUCAAACUCAUUAAUGUCGCCUAUGACCUAUUAUUAUGAUUAUUCAUUAAUUAUUGUACUCGUCGCAUAAACGUAUUUAAACUCGAUGUUUUUACUCUCCCUUUAAGCGCUACGAAGAGGUAAUAAUAAUAAUAAUGAUGAUGAUGAUGAUGAUGAUGAUGAUGAUGAUGAUGAUGAUGAUGAUGAUGAUGAUGAUGAUGAUGAUAAUGAUAAUAAAUAAUAAUAAUAAUAAUAACGAUGAUGAUGAUAAUGAUGAUGAUAUGACGAUAAUCGACUAGUCCUUAUCCAACCAAUCGCCAAGUUUCUUUUUAUCACUACUUAUCUUUUUCUUAAAUUUUCUGUUCGAGAAAUGAACAAUCUUCUGACGUACAGAACAGUCCUUUCAAUUUUUCAUACUCGUUAAUUCUUAUUCGUAAUUUCUUAUUUUUGUAAUUUUUCUUUUUAUCUCGUUGUUCCUUUUUUCUUUCUUCUUCCGCUCACUGUUCUUUUUCGUUUCUCGUUUCUUCGUUUUUCGAAUUUUUGAGUCAGAAGAGUUAUAUAUUUUUCUUACCUCUUUCGUAGCCACCGCCCAUUUAUCCCGAGAUAAAUCGAUCGUGGACGAACGGUCUUAAAAAUUGUAUGACAAGAUUAUUUUCUUUGGUGUGCAAUAUGCACCAGAAAAUAGGAAGGACGUAAAAAGAUUGAUAGAUACAGAAAGAGAGAAAGAGAGAAAGAAAAAUAGAAGAAAAGAAAGAAAGAAAGAAAGAAAAGGACCGUUCGUUUUCGAUCAAACGACGAUAUCGUUCGACAUUGUUUUUAUAAGAUUUUUCUACCAUUAAUAAAUUAUUGUAGUAACGCCAUAGAAGGAGAAAAGUUAAUUGAUUUUUCUUCUACCAGUAUUUCAAUAAUAAUAAUCGGGGCUACCUCUCGCGGUUGCAUCUAUCUCGUUAAAAAUACGAGACAGAAGAAUAACCGCGAUCGGUCGUUCCUCCUUGCCAUUCUUUUUCUUUUCUUUUUGUUUUAUUUUCUUGUUUCUUUUUUUGUUUGUUUUCUACUUUCAUUCAUCCUCUCGUAUUCAUUUGUACUCCCGCGAGAGCGAGCUCCGAUUCGAGUGGAAACGACGAAACUUUGUUGUAACGAAAAAAACGACACAAAAUGCACACGCAUACUCAUUCUCUCUAUACACGUACACACAUCCUCCCACACACACACACACACACACAUAUACGCGCGCGAUAUGUUUGUAAACUGCGAGAUGUGAUCAAAAGAAACAAGAGAUAGAGAAAGAGAGAGAGAGAGAGAGAGAGAGAGAGAGAGAGAGAGAGAGAGUGCAUCGAUUGCUCAGAGACCAUGUCUACGUUUGCAAUAAUAUAAUUAUUGUAUUUUCCACGAAUGCUUUAUUUUAUAUCAAUGCGUAUUUAGGAGUAAUGCUAGAAAAAAAUGGAACAAAAAAAACGAAAAAAGAAAGGAAGAAAACAAGGGAGAGAGAGAGAGAGAGAGAGAAAGGGACAAAAGUUCGGCACGACGAGUCGUGAUAUUUUUUUCUUUUCGUCUUUUUUUUCUGUUCUAUUUUUUUUCCCUUUUUUUUCAAAUUCAAGUGCCAAUCGUUAUAUAGAUCGAGCUCUGGCAUGCUCUGUCCUUCCUUCUUUUCGAAGAACGAAUCUCGGAGCGAGUUCGGUCGACUGGAACGAUGCUUUCACUUUGCGAUCGAUCCUCUCGAUUAGUUUUCUUAUUCUCGGUCUUUCCGAGCAGAACUCCAAGUGUUUUUCCAAGUCUCCCGAACCGGGCUCGUUAAGAUCGUUGACUCCCAUUAGAUGAAGUAAAUAAGGAAGAUGAGAAAAAGUCAAUCUUAAAUGUAUCUAAAAUGAGCGUACAGUAGUCAGGUUCGAGGGAUACCGAUGCGUUUAAUAAUCGAUCAUCUUGUUCCUUUAACUCUUUCGAGUUUGCUAUAAUCAUUUUUAUAUAAUUCAUUCGUGUUUUCUUAUCGAAUUGAAAAACGAAAUACUUCGAGUAAUUCGAAGUUGCCUCAAUGAACGGACACGUUACCUAUAGCCAAAUGUCGUGGACCAUGCUCGUUAACGAGGGACGUGAAGGAAUACAAAACAAAAUAAACAAAAAAGAAAAAAAGAAAAAAAGUAAAGAAAAGAAAGAAAGACAAAAAAAAAUGGGGUGGAGAAGAGAUAAAAACGAAAAACUAAAAAUAGUAAUAUGAAAAAUGAUAUCGACGGACAAAUAAAAACUCGAGAUAGACAGAGAGAGAGAGAGAGAGUUAAAGAAUGUGUGUGUACGUCUAUGUGUGCUGUGUGUGUGUGCUCAUUCGAGUGUGAACAAAGACACGAGAUUUAAGUAGAAAAGGAGGAGACUAUGGAAAUUAAACAGCUAGUGACUUCUUACGAAAAUAUAUUUAAAGAAAAAAAAAUAUAAAAAAAAGUCAAAAAAAAAACGCGUAAAACGAACAAAAAAAAGGAAAAAAAAAUUCAAAAAGAAAAAAAAUGGUGUGGGAUCUCUCAAGUCGUUGUAAAGCUCGCAGGCUGCCUUGUGAUAGAGUCUGGGCUCCGAAUAACCGUUAAGCGCGAACUCCAUGCAUACCAUAAGAAUGAGAGAGAGAGAGAGAAUAAAUGAAAAAUUGUGAGAAAGAGAGAGAAAGAGACAGGGAGAGCGAAAAUGAUAGGAAAUAGAAAGGUGGAGAACGAUACUUCUUUACGGGUAAGCAAAGAGAGAGACAGAGAAGGAGAUAGAUAGAUAGAGAGAGAGA